AUGGAUGUAAUUAAUAUUUCUGUGUCAGAAUACUUCCAAAAUACCACACCUACAAAAUGGUCAUUUGAUAAUUUUUUAGAAACAAUGAAACCUUUCAUCAUGAAAGAAAAGAAAGAUACAGAUGAACUAUUCUCAAUAUGGCGUAAAAGAUUUAUAAAUGCACUUAAAAUCACAAUUAAUAAUGCAGAAACAGACCAGACAGCUCGGCAGAUUGCAACAUUACUUGUAAAUCAAAAACAAUCUAGCACUAUUACAAAGUUCUGGAAGCAGUUAAAAAUUGAUAAAACUUAUGAAAGCGCUCAAGAGAGACUUCAGAAUAAAAAGUCUAUAUUCAAGGUAAGCUCACAAAUUGAUGCACCAGACAUUUUAGAGGUUUUUAGAGCACAUCAAACCAUUCAAGUUACUAGUGAAACCAACUUUCAAAACUCUAGUUCAGUCAUUGAAAAUGAAAAUGACGAGAAAAGGACAAAAGAACCAUCAAUAAAAGAGACAGAAAUAAAAUGA